AUGAGUGAAGGUUGUACAAGUGUGCCUAUUUUUUUGUUGUGCAAGUAUAAUGGUUGCACAUUUGCAAUUAAGAUUGAUCAAAAUGUUACAUAUGAUCAGUUGGUUAAGAAGUUAUGUUUGAAAUGGGAUAAUUUACAAUCUGAUAAUAUUUGUCUAUCUUACUCAUUGCCUAGACAUCCUAAUUGUACGUUGGACAACAAUGAGGAGUUAGAUUUGUUGUUGGCAUUAGUUGUACAUUUUGAUUCAAAGUGUAGUGAUGUUGUUGUGCGAGUAAAAGACUCAACCAUUGAUUGUGAUUAUCUCAACAACAGAUUAGAUUAUAGAGAAAGAGAGUCAAUGUUGGAUCUUGAAGUUUGUGAUAUUGCAUUGUCUCAUGACAGUAGUAAGUCUGUGAACUUGUCAAACAGAGCAUCUACAUCCUCCAAAAGGAAUUCAAGGUUGGAGGUUGAAGAAGAGUUAGUAUCGCAUAUAGGACAAAAAUUUGAAGGUGGAAUUGUUGAAUUUCUUUAUGCAUUGUCGAAGUUUUCUAUUGAGUAUGAAUUUGAGUUCAUAUUUGUUAAGAAUGAUAAAGUUCGUGUUACUGCACAAUGUUUGUUUAGAGAGACAAAAGGUUGUAUGUGGAAUGUUCAUGGUAUAGUGGAGAAUGCUAAUGGGUUCUUUUAUAUAAGGAAGUUGAACAAUGUCCACACAUGUGGUGCUGAAGUACGUACGAUGACUCAUUCUCGUAUGAGUUUUGAUUUAGUUGCUGAUUUGAUUGUUGAAGGUGUUCGUGAUAAUCCAUUGACACAUCCAGUUUAUAUUGUUCGGGAUUUUAAGUUGGGGUAUGGGCUGAGAGUUAGUUAUCGUCAAGCUUGGUUGGGGGUAGAGAAAGCAAAAUGUGAGAUUUUUGGAGACUACUUAAUGUCAUUUGACCAGUUAAGAUGGUAUGUGGAUGUUGAAAAGAGUUGCAAUCCAGGGAGUUACAUUGAGUUUGAGUGUGACGACGAUACUAAACGGUUUAAGAGAUUAUUUGUUUCUUUUCAUGGUUCCAUUAGUGGAUUUGAUUAUUGUCGACCUUUCUUAUUCCUUGAUGGCACAUUUUUGAAGGGAAGAUUUAGAGGAAAUUUACUUGCUGCUACAGGAAAAGAUGGAAAUCAAGAUACAUAA